GACCCCCUGGCCUGGGGUCCGGGAGUGUGAGGCCAAGCCUGGGCCUGAGCUUGGCCGGAGGAGGUGGGGCUUCAGGUCACCAGGGAGGCUUCCCGGAGGAGGCAGCUUGAUGGGCCUUGAAGGACAGCCCGGGAGCACGGAGGGAGCAGACGCUGCCACGGCCACCCCUGCUGAGCGGAGAGGACUGUGUGCGUCACCUGCCACUCGGACCCUUGUCUCUUCUGUGACAUGGGGGAGCCCCUCACUGUGGCCAGCAGGAGGCGGGACUCAGACUCGUCUUCCUCGGGGCCUGGCACGGGGCCUCUGCAAGGCCAGGGCCCCGAGGGCAGCUGGGCGUCUGGUCAGGGGGCAGGGUCCCCACGGAGCGCCCUCCGGCUGUGCCCGCGCUGAGCUGGCUCCUCCCCGCAGGGCCAGCAUGGACGACGAUUUCUCCUCGCAGAUGAAGAAGGUGGCCUUGGCCAUGGGCACGUCCCUGUCGGACAAGGACAUAGGCCUGCUCCCCACGGACGUGAGGCACCACGGCGCCUUCAACUACCUCAAGUUCUUCGAGCACAUGCAGAAGUUCCAGGCCUCGGGGCAGCUGGAGGGCGCCAUCCGCAAGGCCUUCCAGACGCUGGACAAGGACAAGAGCGGCUUCAUCGAGUGGAACGAGAUCAAGUACGUCCUGUCCACCAUCCCCAGCAGUGGGCCCGCCGCCCCGCUGACGGACGAGGAGGCCGAGGCCAUGAUCCAGGCGGCCGACACCGACGGCGACGGGAGGAUUGAUUUCGAAGAAUUCUCUGAGCUCGUCAAGAAGGAGAAAAUCCCGAAGAAGAAGUAGCCCCACGCCCACCUGG